AGUUAAGGUGUGCGCGUGGCUGGGGCUGGUCUUCCGCCUGGUGAGGGGCUACUUCCGGGUCGGACGGCGCUAGGUGCAGCCGCGGAGUGUGGCAGUGCUUGGCUGGCCGGCGGGCUGGGCUGCGGCCCGCGCGCGCCCGGCGAUGCAGGGGGGCAACUCUGGGGUCCGCAGGCGCGAAGAGGAGGCCGACGGGGAGGGGGCUGUGGCUGCGCCGCCGGCCAUCGACUUUCCCGCCGAGAGCUCGGACCUCAAAUAUGACGAAUCUGAUGUUCCAGCAGAACUCCAGGUGUUAAAAGAACCCCUACAACAGCCAACCUUCCCUUUUGCAGUUGCAAACCAACUCUUGCUUGUUUCCUUGCUGGAGCACUUGAGCCAUGUGCAUGAACCAAACCCACUUCGUUCAAGACAGGUGUUUAAGUUACUUUGCCAGACCUUUAUCAAAAUGGGACUGCUGUCUUCUUUCACUUGUAGUGACGAGUUUAGCUCAUUGAGACUACAUCACAACAGAGCUAUUACUCACCUAAUGAGGUCCGCUAAAGAGAGAGUUCGUCAGGAUCCCUGUGAGGAUGUUUCUCAUAUUCAGAAAAUCAGAUCAAGGGAAGUAGCCUUUGAAGCACAGACUUCACGUUACUUAAAUGAAUUUGAAGAAGUUGCCAUCUUAGGAAAAGGUGGAUACGGAAGAGUAUACAAGGUCAGGAAUAAAUUAGAUGGUCAGUAUUAUGCAAUAAAAAAGAUCCUGAUUAAGGGUGCAACUAAAACAGAUUGCAUGAAGGUCCUACGGGAAGUGAAGGUGCUGGCAGGUCUUCAGCACCCCAAUAUCGUUGGCUAUCACACUGCGUGGAUAGAACAUGUUCACGUGAUUCAGCCACGAGCAGACAGAGCUGCCAUUGAGUUGCCAACUCUGGAAGUGCUCUCCGACCAGGAAGAGGACAGAGACCAAUAUGGUGUUAAAAAUGAUGAAAGUAGCGGCUCAUCCAUUGUCUUUGCUGAACCCACCCCAGAAAAAGGAAAACGCUUUGGAGAAUCUGACACUGAAAAUCAGAAUAACAAGUCGGUGAAGUAUACCACCAGUUUAGUCAUAAGAGACUCCGGUGAACUUGAGUCAACCCUGGAGCUCCAGAAAAAUGACUUGGCUGGUUUGUCUACCAGUUCAAUUAUGGAACAGCAGCUGCCACUCAGGCGUAAUUCCCACCUAGAGGAUAGUUUCACAUCCACUGAAGAAUCUUCCGAAGAAAAUGUCAACUUUUUGGGUCAGACAGAGGCCCAGUACCACCUGAUGCUGCACAUCCAGAUGCAGCUGUGUGAGCUCUCGCUGUGGGACUGGAUAGCCGAGAGAAACAAGCGCAGCCGGGAGUGUGUGGACGAGUCUGCCUGUCCUUAUGUUAUGGCCAAUGUUGCAACAAAAAUUUUUCAAGAAUUGGUAGAAGGUGUGUUUUACAUACAUAACAUGGGAAUUGUGCAUCGAGAUCUGAAGCCAAGAAAUAUUUUUCUUCAUGGCCCUGAUCAGCAAGUAAAAAUAGGAGACUUUGGUCUGGCCUGCACAGACAUCCUACAGAAGAACACAGACUGGACCAAUAGAAACGGGAAGAGAACGCCAACACAUACGUCCAGAGUGGGUACUUGUCUGUACGCUUCACCUGAACAGUUGGAAGGAUCUGAGUAUGAUGCCAAGUCAGAUAUGUACAGCUUGGGUGUGAUCCUGCUAGAGCUCUUUCAGCCAUUUGGAACAGAAAUGGAGCGAGCAGAAGUUCUGACAGGUUUAAGAACUGGUCAGUUGCCGGAAUCCCUCAGUAAAAGGUGUCCAGUACAAGCCAAGUAUAUCCAGCACUUAACGAGAAGGAACUCAUCGCAGAGACCAUCUGCUGUUCAGCUGCUGCAGAGCGAACUUUUCCAAACUUCUGGAAAUGUUAACUUCACUCUACAGAUGAAGAUAAUAGAGCAAGAAAAAGAAAUUGCAGAACUAAAGAAGCAGCUAAACCUCCUUUCUCAAGACAAAGGGGUGAGGGAUGACGGAAAGGACGGGGGCGUGCCUGUCUAACCUUCCUCAGGCUAUAUCUGUAGGACGAAAGUGGACUUAACUUUUAAGGUAGUUAACUGGAAUGUAAAUUUUUAAUCUUCAUUAGGGUAUAGUUGGUAUAAUUCUUAGUUGUAUUUAGUAAGCCUUUACAAGACUUAUUAAAGAUGUCAGAGUGCCCCAAGCUGGUGCUCCUUCCUUUCCUGCCUCACAAGCUCCUUUUCCUGAAUUUCCUACCUAAAUUUUACCAUAUGCCCAGU